AUGCAAGGGCUACAACGUUCUUGCUCCUCUUCUCUAUCCAUCGACGGUGCAGAAUCCACCGAGACUAGAAUCCAACGACUUAUAUCAGAGCACCCAGUUAUCAUUUUCUCUCGAUCUUCUUGUUGCAUGUGUCAUGUCAUGAAGAAACUCCUUGACAGUAUUGGUGUUCACCCUGCUGUUAUCGAACUAGAAGACCACGAGAUCUCCGCACUCCCUCCCGCUGCUGACGACGGCUCCUCCUCCUCCUCCUCAUCCCUUGCCCCUUCUGUCUUCAUUGGUGGCACCUGUGUUGGUGGUCUUGAGUCUCUUGUUGCUCUUCACCUUAGUGGACAUCUUGUGCCUAAGCUUGUUGAAGUUGGUGUCUUGGCUUUCUCUGAUCCUGGGCGGCAAGGUGAUGAUGACAAAAACAACGUCAAAAACCACGACCACAAUUUCCACCACCCACCACAAGAGCCCAAAACAGAUGAGAAUGACUCCAAAGCCCAUGAGAUGCGGGAAUGUCGCAAGACUUUGUAA